UGUUGUUUAUACAUUUAAAGUGAUAUUUCUUUACUUUACGGGUUCUUGAUUUUGUUCGUUGAUACUUUUAUUCAUAUAAGUUCCACACUAUUGAGAAAGAAGGAUACUCAGUGAGUCCUCAUGCUGCAUCAUCAACGCAAAUCUCCAAUGGAGGACUAUUACAAUGGAUCCUCACAGUCCCGUGUGGUGCUGGCCAAGCCAAGGCUCGGUGGAUUCGGAUCGUCCAGUUUUGCUUCUAGUUCUAACAAAAGCUGCAACCCGUUUGGCUCAGUAUUGCGCCCACCACAGUUGAAACCGACCAGUAAUCCAUUUUUAAAAGUGACUGAGAAUUUUGAGGCAGCUGAGAAAGAUAAGGAAAAAGAAAAAGAUAAGGAUUCUGAAGGCACUUCUGAGGAUAGGCUGAAAGAUACUAAAGAGGAAACAGAGGCUCCUAAGUUCAUCCCACUAGGUUCUGCUAAUGUUACACCGAGGACUAGUAAUCCAGUAGUAGCUCCAGCGCAAGCAACUGCCAGUUCCGCUGGAUUUGUGUUUGGUCAGAAUUUAAGUGAACGAGUAGUGAUAAAUGAGAAUUUAAACAAUGGGGAAGCAUCAUCAGUGGACCACAGUACAACCAAUGGCGCAUCCGAAUUAUUGUUUACAAGCGCUGCAGCAUCCGUCAAAGAAAAUAAUCAGGACGAGGCAAGCUCAGGCGAAGCGAGCAGCAGCGACGGCGGCAGCCUGGCGGCCGCGGCGGCGGAGUACGAGCGCUCGCACGCGCGUCCGCCGCCGCCCACCGCGCACUACAACGUCACCGGCGAGGAGGGCGAGACCAACGUGCUGCAGAUAUCCUGCCGCCUUUUCGCGUGGGAGGCCGGUAGCUGGCGCGAGCGUGGCCGCGGCGUCCUAAGGCUCAACGACCCGCCAUCGGGCACUACCGGCGGCGCCGCGCGACUAGUCGCACGCGUGUCGGGCUCGCUACGAGUCGUAUUGAAUACCAAGCUGUGGCCCGGGAUGGUGGUGGAGCGGGCCGGGACCAAGUCGCUGAGGAUCACCGCGGCUGACGCGCAGCAGCAAGUCAAACUGUUCCUGAUCAUGGGCGCACCAGGCGACAUCAACCAGCUGUACAGAACUCUAACCGCACGUAUAUCCGUCAACAAGCGCGUGGGCAACUGCUCCCAGAACUCCACGUCGCAGAAGGCCGCCGAGCGACUCGAGGCCGCCGCCGACGAGGCCGAGUACUUAGACAAGGCCAACGACGACGUCUACGGCCGCGAGGAGACCCGGUACGACGACAAGGAGACGACCGACGCCCCCCAGGACACGCCCACAACCAGACUCGAAGCCCCGCCCCAACGAAAGACUGAGCCCGAAACCAGCGUCGACGACACCCCAGACAAGGAAACCAAGUCGCUCAAGCGGAAAGAACCGGCCGAGGACGAAACGUCGCCUAAGAGACAGUGCCCCGAAAUAUUAAUAGAGUGAUAACGAAGGACCCAGUGUAAAGAUUGUGUUGUACGUAAACGUAGGUUCGUCCCACAUCAUGCGAGCUCUGGAUUUCAAAAUCUUAUGUAUCCGAGGAGAUCUGUAGAGAUAUUUAUGAUUAAAUUAAUAUAGCCUAUUAUGACAUUGUUGAUUAUUAACGGAGCGUCCAUUUCUUGACGAUCACUACCGCACGGGCAGUUAAAUUUAUAUUAGUACAAAAACGUUGUAAAAUAUUUUUGGCUUAAAGUAAUUUCACAUUCCAAUUGUUGCAAGUGAAUGCAUUGAAAAGCAUGAUCGGCCGGAGCUGACUACCAAAUAAAACAACUAAUGUGGUUUAUUUUCUAAUAGUUGAUAAAUAAAUAAUUUUACAUUA